UAGUGUUAACUUUGUGUUAAAACCCAAUAAUUUAUGUAUUCGGAUUUAUAAAUGGUUACCAUUUAACAAGAAAACAAUGUUAAAAAAUCUGUGGAAUAUUAUAUCAGCUGUAGCUGUUCGUGUGAUUUUAAUGGUCCAUUGCUUUUUAGCAGUAUGGAGAGCUGCUGAUGUGAAAAACAAUGAUUUAUACUGGCUUAUGGCUUUGACCAAUGUUUUUAUGGUGGCUGAAGGAAUAUUCAGAAUAGUGAAAAAAGAUGCCCAAGAAUCCAAAUGGUUUAGUCCCUGUAUAUUGUUUUACUUAGCGGGGACAGUACCAGCUAUAUGGAUACUUGAAAUUGACAGACUUGAGAAAUUUACAGAAAUCAGUGCAUCAGCAAAUAUAACAAAUGCUCAAAACGAGGCACUAUCUGCAAUAAAUGGGGUAACACUUCCAGUGAAACUUGACGCGGACACUUGGGUAUCCGUGUUAGAACAGUCUAUGUUAUUUAUAUUCAUUCUGGCAAGAUGGAUGUUGCCUAGAGGACGAAUUACACGUGACCAGUUAUCACAAUUGCUAUUUGUUUAUAUUGGAUCAGCAUCUGACGUCAUGGAAUUAUUUGUUGUGUUUGAAGAACCUGAAAUUAGGUCAGACUUAUACCUAAGCUAUGCUACACUAGGAGUCUGGUCAUUGAGCUUGUUUCAGUUUUGUUUGAUACUAACCUCAACCAGGGAUAUCGGUGGUAAAACAUUUGCAAGGGAGACUGACCUGGAAAAUGAGGUCCCAGAAAAUACACCAAUGGGUGAAGAAAAGGAAAAAAUGCCAAGUUGCUGCGAUAGAGUAUUUGAAGUCGAAAUUUGGAGCUUAUGUAUUUCUAUGUUUUUACAAGAUGGUCCGUUUUUAGUUGUCAGACUGUACUCAAUAAUUGUUAAGGGGGUAUUGUCUUACGGAAUACUUUUCUUUACGGCCAAAAAUGUGCUUGUUCUUUGUUUACAGUUCUAUCGCAUAGUAGUGAUAUGUAAGAAAAUAAACACUGUUGGCUCAGAGGAAGAAGACAAACCCACUCCUUUGAAAGCUAGAAAGUCAGUGGCGCCUGAAAAGAAAACAUCAAAGCAAUCACUAAUAUCAAAUAUUGGCUCCACCUCAACUAAAAACAGUUUUCUUGAUCCAUAGAAGAUAGUCAACAAACAUACUAACUAAAAACGAUAAUCUUGUUUUUAAUACAUACAGUACUGACUAACUAAAUUAUUGGCAAAUAGUACCACACGGGAUUACAGGCUAACACCCUGAUGGUACCACAUCUUAUACAUAUCAAUUUGAUAUUUUGAUAUUCAGACCGUGUGAACAUUAAAGAAAACAAGCUUACAUGACAAAUUUGUGCUAUUUUUGUUGGCGGUAAACUUUUAAAAAAAAACUUUUAUAUGUUCGAGGUCAAAUAAAAAAAGCUGAAAUAUAAACACAUUGUAAAUGUCGAUGAAAGAUAUCACAAGAAUUUACUUUGAGACUUUAUGAUAUACAUACAUAAACAUUAGUUAAUAUAUCUUGCCAUGAUCAUUAGAAAAAAUAGUGUCUUGUAAUUUCUAAGUUUUGUUUUAAGAUACACAGCACGUUACAAUCGUAAAGAUUUUUUAUACGUAUUUGCUUCUUGUGUCUUAUUUUCUUAUUUUCUCAAUUUGAAGUUCAACAGUUUGACACCCCCCCAUUUUUUACCAGCAUUUUUUAUUCGUAGCCGAGACUUAUCAUAAUAUAUUUAGUUGAGUAUGUUCAGAUUUUAUUUACUUGCAAAUAUAUUUUUUUACUUUAUAAUCAAUAUUAUCGACAAUUUUCGAUACAAUGCUUUUUCAAGUAUCGAAAUCAUCUACACUUUGCGUUUUUGUUUGAAAUAGAUAUCGAGUAUAAGCGACAUUUUGAUAAAUGGUCACAUUCAAAUAGAUGUAUUCAAAGAUGUGUACAUAAUAUGUAUAUAGUGCUACAGAGAUAGUUCGGACAAAUGUUCCUGAAACUUAAAAUAUGUAGUAACAGAGUUCAAAUUGGAGAGAAACUCCGGGAUAUUCUUGAUAUUAAUUCCAGGAGGAAAUAGAGUAAGUGAUGGAACAGAUUUAUUUGACAGAACAAUGAUUUUAUGCUAUGACAUGUUUUAAUGAUUUUUUAUAUACCUAUAUAAAUCCGAAUAUCACAUUUCCGUGAGAAAGACACAGUGUUCAUUCGUUAUUUGCUUAGUGGCAAAUAUUACAUACCUGUAUUUAGACAUAUCGUUCGUUUUAUACAUAUUGCUUCAUGAAAUAUUUGUGUUGGUAUUUAGACACACUUGGUUUAAUAAUAUGUACUUCAGUAAAGAAAUUUCGAGAGAGAAAGAAAAAUUAGACGACAAAUGUUCGUAAUAGCGCGCUUGUAAAAAAAAAAAGAUGUACAUAUAUUUGUUCGUUUAUAUUUUUCCUUUAUGCAUUUUGAAAUAUUAUUUGUUACUAAUUUAUACAUGCUGAUACGGGAGUAUCAGAUAGGGAGCGACGGGAUAAUAUGACCAGAAAAUUGUUCGUUCAAAGUUCACUUUUAGGAUUUGUAUAUUUUUAUAAUUCAUGCUUUUUAUUGUCAUUCCGAGUCAUCAUUGGUUUUUAAUAAUUCAAUAGCUCAUUGUAUGUUACACUAUUCAAAAGUUACUUGUAUUUAACACUUAACUAUAAUCCUUUCAUUUGAAUUAAUUAUCAAAGAUUUAUAUCCGUGUCUAUGAUUAAAGAUUGUGUAACAAAGAAUAUAGAUAAAUUAACACUAAGUGAUAACUGCCGAAAGCCAUUCUUCACAAACUUAUACGAAACAUGUUUUUAAUCCGUAAUCCCCGCUUUCGACAAAACGCGAUUUAUAAUAUUUGAUAACAAGAUAUUUUGAUUGGUUCCUUUUCCGCAUGUCAAUCAGUCUUUUGAAAUUGUAUUUUAUAUAUGUUUUAUGUUGUUAUUCAGUUAUGUUUUAAUGUUUGAAAAAGAUAGAUGCGAAAUAAAUAUGAAAACUUUCCAGCGACUUGGACUUUAUCUGAGAUACCGCUAGUUUCCCCCGAAACUAAAUGAUGUGACAGAGGUGACCAAUAACCUGGUCAUAGUAUUUCCAUGUACUGUGAUAAUAAUCUUGUUAAUUUUAUUCGCUUUUUCACAUAUUUGAACAAGCAUUGUUUAUUUUUUUUUAUUAUCGUUAUCAUUCAUAAUGUAGUCCAAGUUUUUCGAAUUAUUUGUAUGAAAAGACUUUAGUUCCUUAGAACAUGACAACAAACAUAACUCGUUCUGAAGUUAUUUUAGCGGGUAAAAGUUAUUACAACUUUUAUUUGUGUCUUUCGAUAUGACAAUUUACAAAUUAGGACAUAUUGACACAUUUUAGACCAAAAUUACUAAUAAGAAGUUAGUUACUUUUUUAUUCAUCCCUCUCUCUCUCUAUAUAUAGAUAUAUAUAGUAUAUAUAAUAUUAUUUCAUAAAUCUUGAACUGACUCUAAGUAUGAAUCUUAUAGUAUGAGUUAUUCCGUUUACUGAAUUCAUAAUGUGAAAAUUAAAAGUGCUAACAGUUACACGAAAACAGGUAAAUCUGUGACAUACUAUGCAUGGAUAGUGCAAUAGUAAAUCUGUGACAUACUAUAAUAGAAAAACAAAGGAUAUGGGGUAUCCAUCAAUGACACAAAAUCAGUAUGCAUGGAUAGUGCAAUAGGUACAAACCAUUUGAAUCGCUUUCCAAUGCAAUUAAAAACAUCUCCUUGCUAUAAAAAGACAAGUGUUUUCCAAAAAUGUAAUGCAUUUGCUGUAUAAAUUGUAUUUGUAUAUUGUUUUUUGUUUGUUAUUGUGUUAAUGUUGUUAUUAUACUGUCAAGUUUUUGACACUCUUUUACGAAUCUUGUAAAAUUGUGAUCUUGUAGGCUAGUCGUUAAAUUAAACAACUUUAACUUUUUUCCUCAAUGUCUAUAAUUAGUCAUACUUUAUACCAUUUUAAAGAUUAUACGCAUUUACAACUAC